UGUCUUCACUUGUGUGUGUUUCGUGAAGCAGAUGGAGUGUUGUGUAUUCCAUCAUGUGGCCAUAGUGUUGACGUUCCUUUGGAUUCUUUCUUACUUAAAUCGAUCACAUUCCCUUUUCUAUCUCCUCUCUCUCCUAUAUCUCUACUUGGUUCAUGAACGUGAUGUGAAGAGACUGAGGAGGAAGUUUCAGUUUGAAGAGACGAAGCAAGCUAACCAGAGAAGGAUCUUAACAGACUCUGAAUCAGUCCGGUGGCUGAAUCACGCUGCGGAGAUGAUAUGGCCAAUUUGUAUGGAACAUAUUGCGUCUCAGAAGAUUCUGCGUCCCAUCAUACCUUGGUUCUUGGACAAAUAUAAACCUUGGACCGCGAAAGAAGCUUUGAUACAACAUCUCUAUUUAGGAAGAAACCCACCUUUGCUGACUUAUAUAAGGGUGCUUCGGCAAUCUACUGGUGAUGAUCACUUGGUACUGGAACUUGGAAUGAACUUCCUCGCAGCAGAAGAUAUGAGCGCAAUACUGGCAGUGAAGCUAAGAAGAAGACUUGGUUUUGGAGUGUGGACAAAGUUACAUCUAACAGGAAUGCAUGUUGAAGGAAAGGUGUUGAUUGGAGUGAAGUUCCUUCGUCGAUGUCCGUUCCUGGGGCGUUUGCACGUGUGUUUUGCUGAGCCACCUUAUUUCCAAAUGAAUGCAAAACCAAUCUUCACUCAUGGACUUGAUGUUACUGUCCUUCCGGGAAUUGCAGGAUGGCUAGACAAUCUCCUGUCUAUUGCAUUUGAGCAGACUCUUGUUGAGCCAAAUAUGCUUGUAGCUGAUAUGGAAAAAUUAGUUAGCCCAAGAUCAGGAGAAAACUGGUUAUUUGUUGAUGAGAAAGAACCAGUUGCCCACGCUCUUGUUGAAGUUGUUGAAGCAUCUGACGUUAAACCAUCAUAUCUAAAUGGUUUGUCUGAUCCUUAUGUGAAAGGGCAGCUUGGCGCUUACAGGUUCAACACCAAGAUACUAAAGAAAACGUUGGCUCCCAAAUGGCAAGAAGAGUUUAAGAUACCAAUCUUGACAUGGGACUCUCCAAAUAUACUCAACAUUGAAGUACGAGACAAAGACAGGUUCAGCGAUGACAGACUUGGUGAUUGUUCAGUACACAUUGCAGAGUUUAGAGGUGGGCAAAGAAAUGAUAUGUGGUUGCCUCUACAGAACAUCAAAAUGGGGAGGCUGCACCUUGCUAUUACCGUAACUGAGGAUGAACCAAAGUGGAGUGAUGACCCGUUUGAAGGAGUAACAGUAGGUGAAGAAGAUAUGUGGGCUUCUUUUGCUUUAGAAGAUGCAAACAAAGGUUCCUUCUCUUCAGUGACAGCUGAUAAGUCUGCAAGGGUUCUUGAUAAUUUGGAACCAAUUAACAUUGAAGGACAAGAAGAGACUGGGAUAUGGAUACAUCAACCAGGAACUGAAGUCUCGCAGAUUUGGGAGCCAAGAAAAGGCAAGAGUCGAUGCCUUGAUAGCCAAGUACGUGGAGUUCCUCAUGAUACUUCUGGUGGAAGUAAUGAAAGCAGCAGCCCUGAUGAAACUCAGGAAGGUAAGAACACAAUGAGGACUGUUGGUCGAGGAUUGAAGAAAGUUGGUUUAGUGUUACGUAGGAAUGGGAAAAGAGAAGAAUCAUGGAACAAGGAGGAGGAUGUUAGUUCUCCUCGGAUUAACUUGAAGGUGUUGAAUCGAAAACAUGUUGGGGUUAAGUACAUCAUUGAAGACCGUUUAUCAGGGCCUCUCUCAGGUAGAAGUCCAAAAGGUGAGGGAGUUGGUUCUGAAGACAGUCUGAAUAAGGGACACAUGAAAAAUGUUGCAAAGAGCAUUCUGAAACACGCUGAAAAGUCUGCAAGACGCAUAAAACAUGUGUUUUCGCCUAGAGGGUCAAGGAAAUCAAGAGAUAAUGAGUGUUUAACCGUGUCAGAGAAAGAUGUUGUUCCUGAAUCUGAGUCUGUGUCUGAUACAGGAUGUCAAUGUGUAUAUUCUGAUUCUGAUGAUGAACCUGCAGUUAGAACUGUGCAGAACCUAGGAACGCCAAAAACAGCACAACAUGAAAGUAAAACUGUCGGAUCAGGCAAAGAUGAUCAUGUAAAUACAUCAUUAAACUCCAAAUACGAUUCUUAAGGUGUUGCAGACGUUCCAAAAAUAAAGAAGCAAAGGUACAAAAAGUAAAUAGAGCCAAACUUGGAAACAACAUAUAUGGAUGCCAAGAACUCCUCUGAUAGAGCUGAGAAAGUCGCCACACCAAAUGGAAGAAUAGAAAAUGGAUCAUCAUAGGUAAUCAAAGGCUUGAGGAUGGGAAUUUGAGUAU